UGAGUUUCUGAGUCAAUCAUAAGGUUAGCAAAUACACUUCUGGUUUAACACAAUGGGAACUGACAAUUGGAGUUAACACUCUAGGCCUCAUCUGGACCAUCAAGACCUUUCUCCCCGCAAUGGUAUCCCGCAACCACGGCCAUCUUCUCAUCGUCGCCUCGCAAACAGGAUACUUAGCCACUGUGGGAAUCACCGACUACGCAGCCAGCAAAUCAGCAGCCAUUGCAAUUUACGAAGGAUUGCACUCCGAGAUCAAACCCAGAUGUUUACUGGUGUAAAGUCUGUUCCUGGUAUGUCGACUAUGACGACGGAGUAUCUGGCAGAUAAGAUCUGCAAUAUUCUUAUGAGUGGUAGGGGUCAGAACAUUAUAGUUCCAGCUGCAGCUGCAAUGUCACCUUGGGUUCGUGUCUUACCGGGUUGGGUUCAUGUUCUUCUGCAAGAUGCGGCGGCUCCGGCGUUCACGGACUUGAAGCCUCAUGAUCCGUUCAAACAAGCGGAUUAAACAGGUGUUGCAAUCUGUAAAUUGUUCGUUUAUCAUUACUUACCAAGUAUGAUGUACUCUUUGAAGUGGGCAGCAUAUUUCUCCGUAGUCAAUAGCUUCUCCCUCUGUUGGUCAGAUACCUUCGACAGUCGUAAGAUAAUGAUUGAU